CUCCCUUCCCCCUGUCUCCCCGGUCUCUGGAGGAGCCCAGGAAGGAGGCUCCGCCGGUGCCUGCCAGGUCAGGGGCUGCCGGGACCCGGGCCGUCAUGUCGGCCGCGCAGGGCUGGGACAGGAACCGCCGGCGGGGAGGAGGCGGCGGCGCGGCCGGCGGGGGCGGCGGGGGCAGCGGGGGCGGCGGGGGCAGCGGGGUCGGCGGGGGUCGGGGCGCUGGCCAGCUCAACCGCUUCGUGCAGCUCUCCGGGCGGCCGCACCUGCCAGGUAAGAAGAAAAUACGAUGGGACCCAGUUAGGAGGCGCUUCAUUCAGUCCUGUCCCAUCAUAAGGAUCCCUAACAGGUUUUUGAGAGGCCACAGACCUCCACCAGCACGAAGUGGACACCGCUGUGUGGCAGACAAUACCAACCUCUAUGUGUUUGGAGGUUAUAACCCAGACUAUGACGAGUCAGGGGGCCCAGAUAAUGAGGACUACCCCCUCUUCAGGGAGCUCUGGAGGUAUCAUUUCGCUACAGGAGUAUGGCACCAGAUGGGCACUGAUGGCUACAUGCCCCGGGAACUGGCAUCCAUGUCACUUGUGCUGCAUGGGAACAACCUGCUAGUGUUUGGAGGAACGGGCAUCCCGUUCGGGGAGAGCAACGGCAACGACGUGCACGUGUGCAAUGUGAAGUACCGCAGGUGGGCGCUGCUCAGCUGCCGCGGCAAGAAGCCCAGCCGUAUCUACGGACAGGCCAUGGCCAUCAUCAACGGCUCCCUGUAUGUGUUUGGAGGGACAACCGGCUACAUAUACAGCACCGACCUGCACAAACUGGACCUCAACACCAGGGAGUGGACACAGCUCAAGCCCAACAACCUUUCCUGUGACCUGCCGGAAGAGAGAUACAGACAUGAAAUUGCACAUGACGGUCAGAGGAUUUACAUCUUGGGAGGCGGCACGUCCUGGACAGCUUACUCCUUGAACAAGAUCCACGCAUACAACCUUGAGACAAAUGCAUGGGAGGAAAUUGCAACAAAACCCCAUGACAAAAUAGGGUUUCCUGCAGCCCGAAGGUGUCACAGCUGUGUUCAAAUCAAAAGUGAUGUGUUUAUCUGUGGAGGCUAUAAUGGGGAAGUGAUCCUGGGAGACAUCUGGAAGUUGAACCUGCAGACUUUCCAGUGGGUGAAGCUGCCAGCCACGAUGCCUGAGCCCGUGUACUUUCACUGUGCGGCUGUUACACCUGCUGGUUGCAUGUACAUCCAUGGAGGAGUGGUGAACAUCCAUGAGAACAAGCGGACUGGGUCGCUGUUUAAGAUCUGGCUGGUGGUGCCGAGCCUGCUGGAACUGGCGUGGGAGAAGCUCCUUGCGGCCUUCCCCGACCUCGCACACCUUUCCCGAACGCAGCUGCUACACCUCGGACUCACACAGGGACUCAUCGAGCGCUUGAAAUGAACACUCGUGAACUGCUCAUCGCUUCUGGAAAUGUUAAUUUAAAGAGACUCCUUUAUUUAUGGGCAGUGUAGAAUGUGCUACAAAGAGGAUUGGUUACCCUGAUCAAGGCCUUAUUCAGAAAAUACAUCAGAUGCCUUUCUGUA